CUGUAGCAAGCUUGUAUUCAGUCAGUCUCUGCCGCAUAUGAAUGGAGUAUAGUUAGUUAAUGAAGCAGAGUUGAGUGAGUUCAUUAUUGUAGUUACAUAAAACGAUAUCAAGCUUAUGUAACCCAUGAAAAGUGAUAGAACUAAUAGAACCUUUCAUUAAUAUUUUUGUGAUUUGUAGACCAACUAUUGGUAUUCAAGACCCAGUUGUAACAAACAAGACACAUUCUUUAUAUUAAACACUGUGCCUUAGUUAAAACCUCCAUUAUGCAUUUAGAUGAAUUAAUGAUUGACAUAGGUGACUUUGGUUGGUACCAAAUCGUCAUCGUGGCCUGUUUCCUGUCAACGAAGAUUCCAGUAGCUUUUACAAUGUUGGAGAUGGCGUUUACUGGCUUUAUUCCAGAUUGGUGGUGUGAUUCUAUGCCAACAUCGGAUCUUGUAAACAACGGCAACAACCAUACCACCUACUUAGUUGCCAAUGGCAACAUUAGUAGUCAUAGUAUUAGUUUAAACCAAUGCUAUGGCACCGGCAACGCAACAGUUUGUAAACGAGCGUUUGAUAUGAGCAAACGGACCAUCGUGAAUGAGUGGGACCUAGUCUGCGAAAACAGAUGGAUAAGCUUUACAAUUACAUCCGUUCAGAUGUCAGGGGCGUUAGUUGGAGCUACUAUUGUCAGUUACACCGGAGAUAGAUUUGGUAGACGCAGAACACUCUAUGUCGUACAGUUGCUCCAUCUCAUCUUCCUUGGUAUUUGUGCAGCAUCGCAUUCUUGGCAUUUGUUCACAGCUAUGAGAUUUGGUAUCGGAUUGUCAGCUGGUGCCACGAUUGUUGUAAGUUUUCCGGCUUCGAUUGAGUUCGUGGGAAAGAAAUGGCGGGCACUGCUUGGUGCAUAUCCAGUCUGGGCUGGAGCGGCACCAUUUCUUCCAUUAAUCACAUGGCUGUUUCCAAAUUGGCGCCAUUUUGAAAUCAUCGUCUGCAUCAUCAGUUUUCCUAUUUGUUUAGGUUUCUUUAUUGUACCAGAAAGUAUCAGAUGGUUAACUGUAAAAGGGAAGUUAAAGGAAGCAGUGGCAGUAGCAUGUAAAAUCGCCAGAAAAAACAAAAAGCCAGAACCUAAUACUGACAUACUGGAAUUGGUAGCAGAAGACGAAAGACAGAUCAACAAAACGUAUUCAAGUUAUACUCAUUUGGAUUUAUUUCGUGACAAACGAAUGGCACUGAUAACUUUACGUGUCUGGUACUCCUGGUUUACCUCCGCUGUUUGUUAUUGGUGCCUUAUCCUUGGAGUACAAAAUAUGUCAGGGAAUUUUUAUCUCAACUUCUUUCUAGUAUCUAUCGUGGAGAUUCCAGCAUCCUUACUGGUUCUACUCUUUGUUAACAGAAAACGGUUUGGAAGAAGAUGGUCAACAGCCAUGGCUAAUAUGGGUGUAGCUUUAGGGGCCCUUGGGGCUAUUAUAGCGUCAUUGACUGCCCCACCAGAACAUAAAGCUUAUUAUGUCAGUAUCUGUGCGAUGAUAUCAAAGUUUUGCACGACAUGCGGUUGGUCAUGUAUGUCCCCAUUUACUGCUGAAUUAUACCCCACAGUAAUAAGAAAUCUUGGUUAUGGAUGUGCUGGAACUAUUUCAAGGAUCGGAGGAGUUUUCGCGUCACAAGUCAUAUCAUUGGCUGUUAAAGGUGGUUAUGUGCCGUAUGUUAUAAUCUGUAUAUUAAUGGCGAUAGACACGUGUUCCGUUCUAACGUUACCGGAAACUCGUGGCGAGGCGCUCGAAGAUACCCUUAAUACAGAGAAAAAAUUUAACCUCCCGUUGUCAGAGUAUAAAGAUGUAUUACAACCCGUGAAGGAGCCCGAAAAACAAAAUGUCUAAAAUUAUAUAUUUUAUAUAUACUUGAAUUAUUUUAAUCAUUUUUACCAUUAAUAUAUUCAACAUUAUUUUUUUACUGUUAUCUUUCUAUUAGACUUGUUCUAACUAUUUUAAUAUAAAUAUUUAUAUGAUUUUAUACUCUAGUAGUUAUAUCACCAUAUCCCUCAACCAUCUCAUUAAAGAUGCAUUAUGCGAGGGCUAAAUUUGUCUUAUAUAAAUUAUUAUUUGGACACAUAUUUUUACAUGAACAGCCCAUAAUCAAAUGACUGGGUCACCGGAUGGCUUAUAUAUUGCGUGGGCCAGAUAAUGCUCGCCAUAUCUGCCCUAAACGCUAGUAUGGCUGGCAAAUGCAUGGCGUCACUCACGAAGACUGCUAACAAUAUAGUUCUACGUCGCUUUCUAGUCUUAUUAAAAUCUUAUUUGGAUUAAAAGUAUUAAAAAGUAAUACAAAUACAAAUUGAAUUGCAUCCGCUAUCUGAAACCCGACAAAAUAGCCAUUCAUAACUUCACUCAUAAUAAAAUAAUUUGACUGAAUUUUUAAAUGCAUCCAUUUUUAAUUAUCUUAUUUUUGAACUAUUUUAGCAAGAGCGGUUAGCUCUUUUUCUAAAUCGGGCAUAUUGUAUCUUUAACCAUUGCUUCACUUUCUAUAGCAACGUGGUGUUUCUGGAAGUAAAGUACUACAUGUAUAGGAUAUUAUAACACAACACAGUUCUAUGGAUAACAAUCACUAUAUUAUAUACACACGGCGUUUCGACAAGAAUUCACUGGUCGUUAUCAAGCAUACAAAUUACAAAUCAGGAAAAAAGUGUGACAGUGUGAUAUAUAGGUACAUUAAACAAUAAUAAGAGAAACCAUACGUUAACAAUCAUGAAACUCUAUCCAUAGAACUGUGUUGUGUUAUAUUAUUUUCAAUCGCUACAUGCCAUUCAAAGAUUAUACUAUAGGGUAUUGUUAUCAGUUAAUGUUGGCAUGUUUUUAGUCUCAGCAAUGACGUAAUCCAACUGAAAUAGCUCAAUUCGUACCCAGGGUUACCAAUUAAAGCACAGACUGUAUGUUAUAAGAGAUUUACAAUAAGUGUUUUAUAACAUUAACUCAAUAUUCUCAUCACUUGAUUAAUCUGUUGACUUCUGUCCCGAAAUGACCUAGUUUCUGUCGAGUAGACAGUCAAUUGAUGUUCAUAGCUAUGCGAUCAAAGCUGUGUUUCAAAGUGGGGUUGGCAAAAUAGGCUAGUUUUACGACGUGUAAAAUGACCGAUGGGUCACGAUCAAUUGUGGUCAAUUAUUAAGACAAACGGUCCAUGCCGACAUACAUUAGCCGAGGUGAAACCCAUGGAAAUAAGCAUGUUUCAAAUAUAUAAAUAGUGUCAAUGCAGGUGGGUAAAUUAAUAAAUGGGAGAUCCUAGAAUUAUUCACACACACGAACACUUACAAUGAAAUGAGUUUUAAUGUCCUACGGUUCAACACCAACUGGGCUACUCUUAUUUCCAGCCUUGCACUACUAUAAAGGGUAAACCACGCUGGAAAACCUGGUACUUUUCUUGACCAACACAGACCAGUGCCUUAUCCAAUGAGCCACUGAGGAUUCCACAAACACUAAGUCCAAAUUAUUCCUCUAUUGAUCACUGAUUGUGCCUACUAUAUAUUGUACAGUUACUAUUUUGCAGUUUCAGGCGUUCAUUAUUCAUACAGUAUGUCAAAUGUUUAUAUUCCUAGUUCUUACAUGUUUGUAGUUCUAAUGUAUUUUCUAGUUUUGUUUUUGUGCUAGAAUAAAAUAUAGAAUCCAAGAAGUCACCCUUUGAUUCUGUAAACUCCGA